AUGGGGAGUAAUAAAGAUGAUAUCAAGCCCAUCAAUUUGAAAACAGAAAAAGAAAUAACAGUAGAAUUUCAAAAGAUCUCUUCAGUUCUUGAGAAUCCAAAUGCUGACUGGAACAAAAGAUUAGAAGCCCUUAAGACGCUUUAAGGAAUGGUAGUAGGAAAUACAUGGACUCAUGAAGUCUUUAUGCCAAAUUACUAAAAGCUAUACAAUUAUAUAAAUUAUUAGCUCAAAGACCUACGUUCAGCAGUAUAAAAGGAAGCUUGUAAGUUACUAUCAAUAAGUGCCGAAAAAAUGCAAAAAUCAUUUGAAUCUAUUGCUAUUAAAUAUGUAUCAAAAGAGAGUUUACUUAAUAUUAUAAACUCUGGUAAUAAAACUCUCUGUGAAAAUGCCCAUUAUUGUAUAUAAAGUAUUAUUGAAUAUUGCCCAAGCUCAUCGUUUAUGCCUCAGCUACUAGAAGAAUGCUCUUCAAAAAGUUAGUAAGUGAGAUCUCGAGUAUCUUAAUACCUUGUUUAGAUUUUACCAGAAUUAAAUUAAGCUCAAUUAGAUAGAUUCUUACCACAAUUAGAUUCAUCAAUUAGCAAGGGAGUUCAGGAUGCCAACCCAGAAGUUAGGUUGAAUUUUCGUUAGGUAUUUGGAAUAUAUUACAGUCUCUAUCCUUAGAAAGCCGAGAGAAUCUUAGCUAACCAAGAUACUUCAAUAAAAAAAUUACUAUAAGAAGAAAUAAGCAACUUUGAUAAUCAUUAAAGCACAGCUAAUACUUCAAAUAAUCGACUAUUACAAUAAAAAUCUAUGGAUGCAAACAUUGGAAACUACUUAACUACUUCAAACAAUACUAGUCACACUCAAAAACUUUAGCAAAGCGUUUCUAUGGGCAAUGACGAUAACCACUUUGUAUUUGCUACAUCUUCUUCUUCAUUACAAUAAAAUAACUUAACUGUUUCAUCUCUUGCAGUCGGUCCUACUUCACGUAAUUUAAAUAAGACUCCAACUGCUUAGCAAAAGGCAAAUAAUAUCGUAGCUCCGAGUAAUCAAUAAGCAGGCAUGAGUGCAAGUACAUCAAACAAUAAUCUAAAUAAAAGUAGAAAUGGAUCUAAUCACCACCUUUCAUAAGAAAGAGGUAUAGUAAAUAAUCUUAAACAAGUAUCUGACUAAAUGGUAUUCUAAUCAAACAACAAAGAAAAACCUUCUAAUGGAAACAGCAGAGUUAGUCCAUUAAGGGGAGGAAAUAGAACUGAUACAGUUUCACCAAUUAAGGGAAAUAAUUCUACAUUAGUUUCUCGUUCUAUAGGUAAUGCAGAUACUUCUAAACCUCCUGUCUAAACCUAGUUCAAUAAAAAUACUUCGUAAGGAUAAAGUUAUGCCUCUUCAAAUUUUGUUAAUCCUGCAAGUGAAUAAGCUAAUUACACAAUUGAUUUAAACAAACAAAAGAAAAAUUUAAAUUCUUAAUAAUCUGGUAAUGCAACUAGUAACUUGAGAUAAAAUAAUCAUCAGCUAGGAUAAAAUGAUAACUCAGCUUCAUCAUUUGGUAACAAUUCAAAGAUAUAAAACUAUGAUGCCACUGAUGCAGAUGCAUCAAGUACCUCAAGAAAAGUCAAUGCUUAUAGAUCAUAAGAUCCUAAAAAAAAUUAGUAUAAUGAUAACUAAACUUAAUAAUAAAUGUAAGGCUCUAGGAUAAACAGUAGUUUAACAAGACCUCCAACCUAAGCUCUAUAAAAAAAACCUAUUUAUUAGAAACGCAAUUCUUUGACCGAAGAAAAUCAAAAUUCAUAAGAUAGCAGUUAAGAUGGUGAAAAGAUUAAAAAUCAACCUAAAAAGUAUUAAAAUACUUAAUUAAAAUAAAAUAACCAAAGUAGUAAAGUAUAAAAUGCAAAAAAUAAAUUGCCUCUUUAAAAUAAUAAAUAAAAAUUGUAAUACCGUGAUGAAGACAAUUUAAAUAAAUAAAAUGAUCUUGAUGAUGAAGAUUAUGAAUAAUAUGACAGGAGAAGUAAUUAUGAUUAAGAAGAAAGUGAAGAACAUUAUUAAGAUAAAAAAUUGGGUGUAUAAUAAGAUGAAGAGGAAGAAGACAAUGAAGAUGAGUAGUAUAACUAAGUUUAUGAAGAGGAUGAAGACUAGUCUUCAAAUUCUUAUUAAAAAAUUACCUAAAAUUAAUAUUUUAAGAAUUAAAAUCAGCUUUAGAGCUCUUAAAUAAAUAAAAAUACAAAGUAAAGAAGGGGAAAUUACUCAAGCACAAACAUCAGAGGAGAAUAUGAAGAACAUGAAAAUUAAAAUUUAUCUGAAGAAGACGAAUAUGUUAAGCAUAAGAAAUAAACUAAAAGUAAAAUAUCUGGUUAAGGUUUAGAGGACGAAGAUAUGAUUGAAAAGCUAGCACCUAAAUCAUUGGGUACAUAAUCUGGAUAAAAUUAUUUUAAUAAUGCUAAUAGAGUACCUGCAGGUGAUGGAGGUAAAAGAAUAGUUAAAAGUGCUAUGAACUCUUUAAAAAAUAGUGAUUAAAAAAAUCCAACUCUGGGUAGACAGUAAUAAUAAUAGUAGCAACAACAAUAACAAUUGUAGCAAUCAACUAGUAAUAACUUUUAGAACUUUAAACCUAAUACAAUUUCUUCUUAGGCAUAAAUUUUAUCAGGAAGUACUUCAACCAAGCACAACAAUUAUAUGGCAGCAACAACUGCUUAAUAGAUUGAAGGUGAUGACAAGUACCUGCGUUUAAAUAUUUCACCUUCAGUUGAUGAUGACUAAGUGAUGAGAUAUACUAACAACUUUAAGAAUAAACAAUAAAAGGGAAUGACCAAAAGUUCACAGACUUUACCAAAGGGAUAGUAAAUGCCAUAAUAAAUGAAGCCAAAUUAAGACUAGAAUAUAACUUAGCCAUAACAAGGCUACAGCUGGAGAGAGGAUGACCUUGAGCUACUGCUUGAUAAAAUCAACAACAAUAAUAGCUGGUCUACAAGAGUAAGUGCUUUCGAGUCAAUGAAAGAAGUCAUAGGAGAAUUAAGUGCUUAAAAUAUAUCAGCUUCAAAUUAAGGAUUUAAAUAGAAUAUUGAGAAUGAAAAAGUAAAUCCAACUCUUAUGAAGAGAAUAGUUCAUGCACAUAUCGAUCAUCUCUCAGAUUCACAUUUUAAAGUGAUUAGUGUUUGCUUAGAUUCUCUUAUUUCAAUCGUAUCGUAUGAUACAACACAUGUUCUUCCAAAACUAGAUUAAAUAAUCUUUAAAGUAUUAAAUAAUUUGAUUGAUUAGAAAGAUGUAGUUUCAAGUAAAGCUAACUUCCUUAUCAAUAUCUUAUCAAAAAUAUUCCCAGCUGAGAGACUUAUUGAGCCUAUACAGAAAGUCCUUGAAUAAACGAACAAAAAUCUGCUAAAAAUAUGUUCUUUAGAAGUUCUAAUGGUGACUGUCAAAAAUGCCGAAGAGUAUUAUCAAACUAUUUCGAAUGUACGUCAUACUGUAUAAUUAAUGUGCAUGAUCAUAUAGGAGAACUAAAAUUAAAAAUAAAUGGUUCUUCCUUGUCUUGGUAUAAUUCUCGCUCUAAGAGAUCACAAUCAGCAAGGUACUCUUCAUUCUAUCCUAUCACUUACAAAUUAGAAUUAAAUAACUGCUUUGAGGAAUUUAUCAUAUGAAUAUGCUUAAGAUUUAGAAGAAGAUUUGAGAAAGUAUGUUCAAAAAGAAAACAUAAAACCAACUGAUAAAUUAACAAAAUCUAAUAUGAAAUAAUUUUAAAUUGAUUCAAAUCCACCUGCUUUAGCAAUUAAUGGAACUUAGGGAUAGCAAUAAUUGAUACAAGUAGGAAAUAGUGCUACUCCUAAUGCAAGUUAAGUAAACUAAAUGAAUGCAACAUAAAAUGGAGGAGGUAUGUUUAAUACUAAACAGUAGCAGCAACAACCUCAAUAUAAUACUUAAAAGAGUUAAAACAAUAAUAAUUAACAAAAUGGAACUCUUUAAAACUAAAAAAAUAGAAUGGUUUAGAAUGGAGGUAAAAUCUCUGAAAAUUUAUAGGCUCCUAUACAAAAUUUUGAUAUUCAACGUAUUGAAGAAAUAUGUGCUUGUGUGAGUGAAUUUGAAUAAAAUGAGUCAUUUAUUAUUCAAAAUAUCAACGAGAUUUUACUUAAUACAAUUGAAUUCUUCAAAUAAAAUAGCCGUAAAACAAAAGAGUAGUCUUUAAAAAUUUUCUAAAGCUUAUUUAUAAGAAACUAUUUUUAUUUGACCAUAUAGCCUCAUACAGUAAUAGAAUGCUUGAGCAUCUAUCCAUACAUUCCAAAAGACAUGGAUUUUUACCAAAUUGAUGAAGUUAUUGAUGAAAUGAUUGAUUGUGUACCGCACUUAAUAUUUAUGAAAGCAUUAGUCGAGAAGCUUAAUUCAGAAAAACCACCAUAAUUAUAGAUCAUGAUUAAAAAAAUCUCUUAUAUCUUAAGGAAGGCUCGUAAAGAAGAAAUACGUCCAUUUUUAGAUCAUAUAAUAGAUUCGUUUAAACUUUCAAUAAAUGACCAAAGCCCAGAUGUUAGAAAAAGUGUGGUCUUUUGUCUUGUAGACUUAAAAUUUCUUUUCUAAGAAGAAGUUGAUCCUUAUUUGCAUUAAUUUACUGGAAACUAGUAAAAGCUUGUUGAUAUUUAUGUCAAAAAGCGCUAAUAAAAUGAUGGAAACGGAGGGUUAGAUUGA